UUUUGUUCCGUUAUAUUACAUUAUAAUAUACAAUCAAAUCACAUCCGCUAACGUGUUCUGUUCCGUUACCACUCGGAUCCAAUCAAAACGAAUCGGGUUAAAAACGAUUAUAUAAUCAACACACAACAACUUCCUCACCACAAACCCUAAAUUCUACCAAAAAAUUCCUACAUUUCAAUCACAUUUCAUCCUUCACACAAAUUAACCACUCUAACAUGGACCAAUCGACUCCGUUUAACGACCGUCUCGUAUUGAAUCCAACUCACGAUCACAUGGCCGAUAAGUACGACGAUCUUGAUACAGAGUUUGAACCUCAGCUUUUCAGUUCUCUAGAGCGACAUUUGCCCCGGCAUCUUCUAGAUGCUUCCAGAGACACGAAGCAUGAGCGCAUGCAGCAAAUUCUACGUCGUUAUUCGACCAAAGAAGAAUGUCAUCGACGGCAGGGGCUCGAAAAAUACAGGCAAAAAAUUGCAUCCGAUUAUCAGCGUAUAUUCCGAGACCCAUAUACGUUGAAUCCUAAAAUAUUCUUCCAGCCGACAUUUUUAGAGGCCUUCAGAGCCAAGGGAAAGAAUCUCGUAACAAGUAUUAGAAGCAUAAUGUCUGAACCCGUACCGGGAGUCUAUACAUUUAACAUGCUGAAUCUGAAUUUCUGUGAAAAGUUAAUAUACGAGGUGAAACAUUUCGAAGCGUGGGCCCGCAACACGGACUCUAGCAUCUUGCGCCCGAAUACAGGGAAUGAAGACGGUGUUUCUCUUGAUGACAUUGGCAUGAAAGCCACACUUAAUAAGCUGAUGGAAGAUUACAUAAGCCUUAUUUCAAGAGUUUUGUUUCCUGAUGUUGGAGGAUGUUCUCUUGAUUCCCGUCAUGGGUAUGUACUUCAAUAUGGAAAGGAUAAAGCUAUUAAAGAGGUAGUUUCAGAUUUGCAUGUGGAUGACUCAGAAGUAACCUUACAUGUAUGUUUGGGCAAUCAGUUUGCUGGUGGGGAGUUGGUUUUCGGAGGUCAACGGUGUAAGGACCAUGUGAAUGGUGGAACACAUAUUGAGAAGGAUCUCUUACCUGUCGGGGGACAAGCAAUUAUUCACCGUGGUUGUCGACUAUAUGGUGCGAAACCCAUCAAAUUCGGACAUAGAUAUAACUUUUUGAUGUGGUUCAAAAGUUCUGUAUUUAGAGAGCUGCAAGCACAUGAUAAAGGAUUUAAAGACUUUUGUGAUGAAUGUCAAAGCCAGAAGAGUGCAAGGCGUAAUGAGUGGGUGGCUGCGAAGAAAAGGGAGUUGGGCUUGUAGGUUGAGGAGAUGCUGCUUCUUGAAUCUUUAUCAAAAGAUUAUUAUGAAUCUUGUUUGUUUUCACAAUGUUGUUUUUAUGGUUUUAAUGUUGUCUGUUAUUAUGAUGUAAUGUUGUUAGAACAUAGAAUGUUUGCUUUUUGUGAUUUUCUUUAUGAUGGAAUGUUGUUUGUUGGCAAGUAAAACCGGUUUUUUGGUGCUU